ACCUCCAUUAUUCUCAUUACACAGCUAAACUGAGUCUGAUCCGAGUGUAUCAGCUGAGCUGAAUCUUACGACUCUGCCUAAUUUCAGUGGUUAAUUUUAUAUAUUUUUAUAUUAUAUAUUAUACAUAUUUAUAUUAAAUAUGUUAGGCGGAGUCUUGAGAGGUGCUGCUUGUCCAAAAGUAGCAAAAUCACUGAGUUUAUUGAAGACACAAGUAGGACUACCGGCUCUUUCGCAAGUCCGUUCGCUCUCAUCCGAAGCACCAGAUGAUGUAGAUUUCUUUGAAAUGGUGUCUAUGUUCUACGAUAGAGCAGCACCAAUGGUCGAGGCUCAGUUAAUAGAACAAAUGGAUGCAAAACGUAAGGGAACAGAUGUCAACAAGAUUAAAGGAAUUCUAAAACUUUUGAAACCAACAAAUCAUGUUCUCAGUUUAACUUUCCCUUUCAAACGAGAUGAUGGUUCAUUUGAUUUGAUAGAGGCAUACAGAGCACAGCAUAGCCAGCACAGAACACCUUGCAAAGGAGGUAUACGUUACAGUUUAGAUGUAUGCGAGAGUGAAGUACGUGCCCUGGCUUCGCUGAUGACAUACAAGAAUGCCGUUGUAGAUGUACCAUUUGGAGGUGCGAAGGGAGGCAUCAAAAUUGACCCACGGCAAUACUCAGAAAGAGAGUUGGAGAAAAUCACAAGGCGUUUCUGUAUAGAAUUAGCCAAGAAGGGAUUCAUUGGACCUGGUAUCGAUGUCCCUGCCCCAGACAUGGGAACUGGAGAACGAGAGAUGAGUUGGAUCGCAGACACAUAUGCCAUGACUGUUGGAUACCAAGAUAUCAAUAGCCAUGCCUGCGUAACUGGUAAACCAAUUUCCCAGGGCGGUAUACAUGGACGUAUAUCUGCUACCGGCCGUGGUAUCUUGCACGGUAUUGAGAAUUUCAUUAAUGAAAGCUCAUACAUGAGUGCGGUUGAGCUUACUCCUGGUUUUCAUGAUAAGACGUUUAUCGUCCAAGGUUUCGGUAACGUAGGUCUGCAUACCACACGCUACCUUACAAGGUACGGUGCCAAAUGUAUUGGAGUAAUGGAAAUCGAUGGUUGCAUCUACAACCCAGCAGGUAUUGACCCCAAGGCUCUAGAGGACUACAAGAUUGCCAACAAAACUGUAAUGGGAUUCCCAGGAGCAGAGACGUACGAAGGAGAUAUGUUUGCUGAGCAGUGUGACAUCUUGGUACCAUGUGCCGGUGAGAAGCAGAUCACCGCAGAAAACGCACCUAGGAUCAAGGCCAAGAUCAUCGCAGAAGGUGCCAACGGUCCCACCACGCCAGCCGCUGACAAGAUUCUACUUGAAAAGAAAACAUUAGUUAUUCCAGACUUGUAUUUGAAUGCUGGGGGUGUUACUGUAUCCUACUUUGAAUGGCUCAAGAACCUCAAUCAUGUUAGCUAUGGAAGACUUACCUUCAAAUAUGAAAUGGAAUCAAACACCCAUUUAUUAGAGAGUGUCCAGGAAAGUUUAGAGAGGAAGUUUGGCAAGGCUGGUGGCCGCAUUCCAAUUGUCCCAUCUGACAAGUUCCAAACUCGUAUUGCUGGAGCCAGCGAGAAGGAUAUCGUCCACAGUGGUCUUGCUUACACAAUGGAAAGGUCAGCUAGGCAAAUUAUGCGAACUGGUAUGAAAUACAAUCUUGGUCUGGAUCUUCGAACUGCCGCUUACAUAAACGCCAUUGAGAAAAUCUACAACGUUUAUCACGAUGCUGGAUUUACUUUCUAAACACCUCUGUAGUCAUCAGAAUUCAAUCAUUUCAAGACCAAUAGCUCUAUUCAAAACUUAUAUGUAGACUUAUUGCGGUUAAUUAUUAUAUGGACGUUAUUUUUGUUCUCACCAUUAAAUUAUGGUGAAUAUAGUAACUUAAAAUCUUAUGAUGUGAUGUUAUUAGUACAAAUUUUCUCAAAAUUCUAUUCAAUGAUUUGUAUUUGAUUUACCUAUAGUUAUUGACAGAUGAACUAAAUAUAUUUAUAAUAUGUGAUUUGAUGAAGAUAUUACAUAAAGAAAACCUACCUUGAUGUGUCAGAGAAUAUUAAGUGUCAUUUUGUAUGAAUUAAUAUUAUUCUGGAGUGGCAGAACCCACAUGAACCCCUCUUUUCAACAUUAAAAUACUAUAAUGCUUCACUAAUCAACUUCUGCAACACAUCAUAUGCCUUAUAUACCUUACUUAUGCUUUUAGAUUAACAUUCUAUUAUAUACAAACAAAUAUUAUUACAAUGUCAUUGUUGCACAAGAAAACCUAGGUAAUAAACAGUAGCAGUAUUAAUACUAUGUUUGUGGUAUCUACAUUUUCCUAAAAUUCCAAAGAAACCCUAUAGAAAAUAUAUUACAGUAUUCUACUUCUUAUAUAUUUCAUUAUCAUUAUACCUAGUUUUAGUUGGCGAGUCAUUCUGUUCUGUAUGUUAUGUAUUAUUUAAGUUUAUGAUGAUUGAGCUUUCUGGUAUACAGAAGGAAUUAAAUAAAAUUUAAAUUGUUUUAUAAAGACCAA